AUGUCCCCUGGAAAUGACCUUCUCCCACACAAUAUAACGCUUUCGUCCCAAACCGCUACAAUCAUGUACAGUCCCUAUCGGGACGGCGAUUGCCAGACCGGGUGGAACGUCUCCUACACAUACGGCGUUCAAGAUCAUGGGUACGGUAUUCCACAGGGAAUAGGGACGGACUACCAUCGAACUUACCAUGGCGGAGCCUCCCUUCAAUUUAACUGGACUGGAACCGCCGUAUACUUAUACGGCAACGCCUCUAUGAACACGUACUCGAUCGUCGUUGAUGGUACAAACGAAGUGGUUACAUUCGACGUUCCACAAGGAGGACUGUUAGGAAAAAAGGAAGGAUUGGACUACGGAGAUCAUACCGCGAAGCUGACCGUGCAUGGCAACGGGACAAAAGAAGUAGCUUUCCAAUACGCGCAGGUCACAGUCGGACUUGGAUAUGGAUCCAAAAUCCAAAACACUACCAUCAACGCCGUCGACGAAAAAUCUUCCAACAACCUCACGGUAGCGGAUUUUUUUCACUACAAAGGCCCGGUUGACGGCUGGAGUGUGGAAGACCUCGCCAAAGGCAACAGCUCACCCGUGGACAAUUUCCCCAAAAUCUUCCGUCCCAAUGGAAGCAUUACCAAUCUCCCCCACCAGAUGAUCACCAGUGAUGGCGGUGAUGUUGUUUCCUUCAAGAUCACCAACGCUUCUGCUUUCAUUGUAUGGGGAACUGUCAAUCAAAAUCAUGGAUCGAAAUCUGUGAAGUUUACAGGUCCAAACGUAACCAAAUGGACGAUAUUGGAGGAUUCUUCUUCCGCGUUGGAUUUUUGGCAGAUUCUGUAUUGGGAAAGUGGUUUGGAUAGGAACGAGACAUAUACGGUUUCGGUUAUGAAUAGGAAUAAUUCAAAGUUGGCGUUUAGUGCUGUUAAGAUUAUUGAUGGCGGAGCUCGAAUAUCAACAAUAUCAGGACUAUCAACCGGACUCAAAGCCGGGGUGAUAGCUGCGAUAGACAUUGGUAGCAUGGGUUUCCUCGCGUUAUUGGCCAUUAUAGGUCUCGUCUACUGGCGACGUCACACCAAAGCCAAUAGACCACCGCUUUUACAUCGCCUUAGAAUUAGCAUAUCGGAUCUUGGACCCAUCGAGUUUGCCCCUGUCACCUCAAUUCAUAGCAAUACAUCGAGUAAUCGGAGUUCUCGUGCUAGUAGAGUCUCCGACAAGCGCUAUAGUACGGAUAGUGGAUAA